AUGUCCUCCGACCGCCAGCACCCCAGCACAGCCAUCGACAGCCCGAAGCGCUCCCGCCUCCUCAUCCGUAGCCUCCUCCUCCUUUCCACCCUCCUGCUUGCCAGCCUAAUCAUCAAGCCCAUCACCGCCAGCCCUUCCCCCUCCCCCUCAUCCGACCCCUCCCCUUCCCCCUCCCCCUCCCCCUCUCCCUCCUCUGACCAGCUAUGCCAACACGCCGACCUCGCCACCCUCGGCGUACGCUGCCAGUACUGGUCUCAGCCGCUGCCGAUAAAACAUCUAGUGGACGCAGCGACGGCAUGGUGCGCUACGGCGGGCGAGGACGGGCCGAUACCGCACCUGCAGGUUGUUGGGAGUGAGAGGCCGAGGCCGAGGCCGGUGUGGGGGGUGGGGGAGGUGGAUGUGGAUGUGGAUGUGGAUGGGGAUGUGGUGGAUGGGGUGGACGGGGUGACUGGGGUGACUGGGGUGGCCGGGGCCGGGGUGACUGGCGUCCCCGAUGAUGAGGAUUUGCACGGAGUUGGGGAUAGUCGUAUUGGACUCAAGGCUCAAAACAUGAACGCCACCUCCGGCUGGGAUUUCACUCCGGAGGCGUGUAACCUGCUGACGCAGAGUAUUGUGCUGCAGUGCGCAAAGAACUGGCCCGGGUUGGGGGUCAGUGUUGGCGGCUGGUAUCGCACGAAAGAGGGGCUGGUCGAGGUUUGGGGGAUGAUUACACCCGUGGAGGGGUAG